AUUUAUCACCUAAUGCCUUGCAUCCAAUACAAAUAUUUGGAAAUGUCAUAGUCGAAGCACGCUCUCUUCUGGCCACAAUCAAACCCUUUUGACUUUGGACCGGACUGGAGCGCGCGAUCUGUGGUGCUGUGGGCAAUUAUGUUUUCUUUCUUCACAAACAGAGACCGAUGGAAGUGGGACAAAACCAAGGGCGUGCCCACUAAGGACGCGCUGAAGCGGCUGCGCAAGGCGGUGCGCUCGGGCGCUGCCGAUGCUCGCAAGCGCGCGCUGCAGCAUGUCGCCGAGCUCGCGGAGGCCGGUCCCGAUUUCCAGUCGGCGCUGUGCGACAGCAAGGUCACGGCCGAGGUGGUGCGUGUGUUUCUGCAGCCGCUGCGGCCCGAUAGCGGCAAGGACGCCGACGCUGGCGAGCUGCAGGAGGCUGCCGCCGACGCCCUGACGGCUCUGUGCCAUCUGCACCCAGGCAAUUGCGCCGCCGCCGCCGCCGCCCAACAGCCCCCCGGCGGCUCCUGGUCUCCGCGGGCGGCCAUGGCGGCGGCGGCGGCGGGCCGGCUGCAGCCGCUGCGACACGCGCUGGUGCUCAUUCAGUCCCACCCCCGCCACAUCCGCCUGUCCACCUCCGCCGCCGGCCUACUAGAGGCCGUGGCAGCCGCCGCCCCGGGGCCCGUCACCGCACUGCUGCUCGGCCCCGGCGGCGCCGCCACCGUCAUUGGCGCCGCCGCCGCCGCCAGCCGCGCCGCGCUGGCGCCCGCCACGCCGCCGGCCGCCGCCGCCGAGCUUUUGGAGUUCCUGCUGGCGGCCCUUGGGCUGAUGCUGACGGCGGCGGCCGGCGGCGGCCGCGAGGUUUGUCGGGAGUUCGGCAAGCCCGGCGGCAUGGCACUGCUGCUGCAGCUGGUGAGGGAUCACAGGGGGCAGGCGCCGCUGACGGCGCCGCCGGCGGCGCCGACGGCGGGCGGCAGCAAGGCGGCGGCGGAUGCAGGCGCAGGUGGUGGGAGCGGGCCUGACCUGCACCUGAACGUGGUGCGGGACGCGCUCAGCUUGCUCACGCUGAUUGCGUCACAGUUCCCGGCUCACCGGCUUCCGCUGCUGGAGGCUGACGGCGUGCCGCUGCUGGUGGCGUGCCUCAAGGACCUGGCGCUGCCCUGGAGCGUGCGGCUGCAGGCGGUGGCGGCAAUGACGGCCGCCGCGGGCAGCCCCAGUGUGUCUGCCGAGCUGGUGCGGGCUCGGGGGCUGGAGGUGGUGUACGGCUUCGUGGACGCAUACGUGAAGGAGCGGCACGGCGUGCCGGGCGCACCAGGCGGCCCCACCACCACGUCCACACGCGGUGCCGCCUCAGCAACAGUAGCAGCCACCACCAGUAGCACCCCCGCGCCCGCGCCCGCCAAGCACCUGCCCGCUCCCUCCCCCGCCUCCCCGCUGCCGCCCUCCCCCCCGUCCGCGCUGUUCUGCUCCCUGGCGGCUGACGAGUUCAGUGAAGGCGAGCCCAGCCCGGUGGUGGUGGUGGAGGCGCUGCUGGGGCUGCUGGAUGCGGUGGCGGGCAGUGGCGAGGCGGCGGCGGUGGCGGCCGCGGAGGGGGCAGCGAGAGGAGGCGCGGGAGGAGGCGCGGGAGGAGGAGGAGCAGGAGGAGCGGGAGGAGGAGCAGGAGCAGGAGGAGCGGGAGGAGGAGGGGCGGCGGUGGGCGGGCGGCUGGGUGUGCUGCUGGGGGCGUUCAAGGCCGGCAUGAGCAGCUUCGCGGCGGGGGGGUACCGCGUGGCGACGGCGGCGGCGCAGGUGCUUCACCGGCUGUCUCGCCAUCCGGCGCUGCUGCCGGCCCUGUCGCGGCCCGAGUUGACGGCGCCGCUGGAGCGGCUGGCGGCGCGGACGGCGGCCGAGUACGGCGGCGCGGCGGACGCCAAGCAGGCGGCGGUGCUGGCGGGCGGCUGGGCGGCGGCGGGCGUGCUGUGCCAGGUGGCGAUGGCAGAGCUGGCAAAGGCGCGAGACACCGCGGCCGCCAGCGCCGGCGCCGCAGUGGGUGCCGGUGAUGCUGCCGGCGGCGGCGGCGGCCGCCGCACGCCUGGCAACACCCCCGCUGCCGCCGCCGGCCCCGGCCCUGCUGAGCGGGUGUUGUCGGGUCCCGCGGGCGUGUGGCUGGAAAGUGCCGUGGCGCUGCUUACGGCCUCCGUGACGGCGCUGCUGGCGGCGGUGGGGGUGCCGGCGCCGCCGCCGCAGCAGGGCGCGGGGGCCGGUGGCGGCGGCGGCGCGACGCCUGGAGCACGGGCCGUGGGGGCGGCUGAGGACGCCAUCAGCCCUGCAGGUCUGGCCUACCUAUCCUCGGAGCGGGUGGUGUGCGACCUGCGCCAGGCGACCGGGGCGCUGCUGCAGCUGUUGGUGGCGGCGGCGGCGGAGGCGGGCUGCGGCCAGCGGCUGCGGGAGAUGGGGGCGGCGGAGGCGGCGCGGCGGCUGCUGGUGUGGCGGCACGUGCAGUACCCAGCCAAGCGGCUGCUGCACCUGCUGGGCGCGCUGGAGGCGGAGUACUGCCCCUUCGCCAGGUACGGCGGACCACUGCUGGAGGCACUGCUGGCCAACCAGGGCGUGGACCCGGCCCCGCUGCUGGCCGCGGGUGUGGACGCGCACCUGCUGCCCCGCCUGGACGCCGACUGGCUGCGGCGCACAGCGGGGCUGGACGAGGUGGCCAUUUUGAAGAUCGGCCGCAUUCGUGCCGCCCACGAGCUGUUCACGGCUCUGGACCGGCAGGACGGCCGCAUCGAUGGCUGCGUGUGGGCCGCCGACCUGGAGGCCUACCUGACGGCGGCGGCCUGCAUGCGCCCGGAGGCGGCGGCGGACGUGCGGGAGCGCCUGUUCUGCGAGCUGCAGGUCCUGCCCGGCGAGCCCCUGUGCUUCAUGCAGUUCGUAGCCGCCUUCCCCUGGCUCGACAGCGAGAUAGCCGCCUUCAUGCCGCCAAGGAGGGGGCCGGCAAGCAGCUUGCAGCAGCAGCAGAUGCAGCAGGCGGGCACGCCGUCUCGGGGCGGAGGCGAUGGAGGUGCGGGAGCAGGAGCAGGAGGGAGCGGAGACGAGGCGAAUGGAGGGGACGGGGGAGAGGCAGGGGGUGGGGGUGCGGACUAUGCGGUGCGGAGUGCCAAGCGGCAGCGGCUGGGCGGUGCGGGGGCGGCGGGGCCGCGGUCGGGCUUCACGCCGCAGCAGCUGGCGGGGCGGCCGCGAGCGCCGGUCAUUGAGCUGGACGACGAUUAGUAGGCUUGACAAGUCAUGCAUGUCAUGAACAUGAACAAGUCAUGACUGUUGGCACACCGGUGCGGAGCGCGUGGGGGUGUUGGCUGUUGCUUGGGGUUGGCGACUGCUGGUGCGAUGUGACAUGGACACAUGAUUGGCACAGCAGUGAGGCACUUGUUGAAGCCGCCGCCGCAGCACCGGCGGAUGUAGGCAGGGGAUGGGACAGGCUGCGUGGCACGGUUGCCCGAGGGACGGACU